AUGUUUUGGCCGUACUCAGAGCCAGAGUGCCAAGAGUCAGAGUGCCAAGAGUCAGAGCCCCACUCAGAGCCAGAGUGCCAAGAGUCAGAGCCCCACUCAGAGCCAGAGUGCCAAGAGUCAGAGCCCCACUCAGAGCCAGAGUGCCAAGAGUCAGAAUCUCACUCAGAGCCAGAGUGCCAAGAGUCAGAGCCUCAUUCAGAGCCAGAGUGCCAAGAGUCAGAGCCCCACUCAGAGCCAGAGUGCCAAGAGUCAGAAUCUCACUCAGAGCCAGAGUGCCAAGAGCCAGAGUGCCAAGAGUCAGAGCCUCACUCAGAGCUAGAGUGCCAAGAGUCAGAGCCCCACUCAGAGCCAGAGUACCAAGAGUCAGAGCCUCAUUCAGAGCCAGAGCCCCACUCAGAGCUAGAGUGCCAAGAGUCAGAGCCACACUCAGAGCCAGAGUGCCAAGAGUCAGAGCCCCACUCAGAGCCAGAGUGCCAAGAGCCAGAGUGCCAAGAGUCAGAGCCUAACUCAGAGCCAGAGCCCCACUCAGAGCCAGAGUGCCAAGAGUCAGAGCCUAACUCAGAGCCAGAGCCCCACUCAGAGCCAGAGUGCCAAGAGUCAGAGCUUCAGUAUGAGGGACUCAGAGCCAGAGUGCCAAGAGCCAGAAUCUCACUCAGAGCCAGAGCUUGA